CCAGCCUAAGACUUGACAGUCAGACUUUAGGAUGGAAUUAAUCAACACUACUAUGUUACCCGUCAAUGCUUCUUCUGCAGGACAUUUUUAUCCUUCUUCAUUGGGAUUCUUGGAUUUAGUGGGUGCUUUGUUUUUAGGUCUGGUAUUUCUACUUGGAGUACCUGGAAACAUUACUAUUAUCACUUUCAGACCGAAUAUCCAGCAUCUUUCUCCUGUGACCCAAAGUUUGAUGGUGAACCUGGCCGUGUCGGACCUUCUCUGUCUGCUGACUAUCCCGUUUUGGAUCUAUGCUAUGAGCCUCGGUUGGACUCCUGGACUUGUCCCCUGUAAACUUCUAACAUACCUGUCAUUAAUCGGCAUUUAUGGCAGCCUAAUGACAGUGACUUUGCUAAGUGUCCAGCGCUAUCUGGGUGUUGUGAAACAGUGGAAUAUGUUAAAUCGCUUUGGAGCAAAGCGUCUUCUGGUUCUGGUCUGGACGGCCUCCCUCAUUGCUUCCAUCCCUACCUGCGUGCAUCAACAGCUGAUCAUUGAAGACAAUAGAAUACAUUGCCUUUUCCUGUUCACUACUGAACCUCUGGUGAUGGUUGUGCUGAUAGAAGAAAUCACAGGGGGAUUUAUAACAAUGUUCAUUGUAGCUUUUUCAUACAUUAGUGUUUAUAGGAAAGUAAAGCAAGCAGCAUUUUUCAACCAUCCUCAAACAACUAGACUUGUUUCGAGUAUUACUGUGAUCUUCUUUAUCUUGUACUUUCCCUACCAUGUCAAUAAUAUACUGAGUGUGACUGCAAUUUCUCUCAAUAUCAGUGAACUCAGAAAGAGUUGCAAUAUGUUACGGUACAUUUGGGGGUCAGUUGUCAUUUUUAACAGCAGCUUGAAUCCUCUUUUGUAUGCAUUUACUUCUUGUAAUUUGUGGAAGUGUACAGAAAAACGGAUUUGCUGGGGCAGAAAUUCUGGUGUUUUCCAAAGAAAAACUAAUGGUACCAUCUAUGAGGAGUCUGUAAUUUAGUUUAAGUGUUGUCUCCAAUCAGUCUCUUCAGAUUCAUGUUAAUCAUCCACGGCUGUUACCCUCAGUGUAUAAGUGUCUUUGUGUUUUGUCAUGUUUCAGUUCAUUUAUUGACUCUUCCAGUUCUUGACACCAUCAUCAUGUUUUGUUUUGUAGUCAUGUUAAUUGUAUCGAUCUUGCCUCAAAAAUCUUUUUUGUCUUUUAAAAAAAAAAAAAAAUCAAGUACCUUUGUUCAUUUUUUAAUUGUUGCCUAUAUAACUUGAAUAAUUAUUUUCAUCUAGACUCUAGUAAAGAAAAAAGAAAACCAUGUCAAUAUCUAUUUUGACUGCUAGAUCACCCUCCACAAUUUAAGGAAAAGAACCCCCCAAAAAAUGUAAAAGCUUAGAGGUUUCCUCAACUGUUCUGAAAGCUCAGGCAGAAAUUCCUUUUGAUUAAACGGGUUUAUCUCUUGUUUAAAAUCUUCUUAAAAUACAUCCCAGCCCUGUUAAACAGCAGCAUAUUUCAAGAUCUGUAAUCUUAAGAUAAUUUCAAACUUCAAUGUUAAGUUCUACUUAUUUUUCCGUUGGGUACCCGACCAGACAAUUUCCAUUAGACUUUUUGUACAUGUGAGGGUCAAUGCCCGUCAAAGUGACGGUUGCAAAGUGUGUUCAUUUUUGACAAUGAGCACUUCGAAGGACAUUAUCCCGCUUGUACCAUAGUCACUUACUUAAGACAUAAAUAUUCAGUUGAUUUUUAGUACUUUAUUUUUGUUUUUUUAUUUUUUUAAAUCACUUUUUUUUCUCAAAAAGUUGACUUUUUAGUACGUGGUGCUGCACAUUUUCAUGGUGACAGCUGAGCGGGUCCAACCUCGACUGCAGCAGCAAAGGAAAGCGAUAUAUAGGCCAACGUAGGCUUCAGAAGGAAAGUUCUCUUCUUGUUUUUGUUCAGAUGAUUAAGACAAAAAAUGUGUUUUAAAUAUAGUGAUAGAACAGGAAUCCCCAAACUUUUUUUGUGAUGGCCACAUAACUAUGUUCUUCUCUGAUGGGGGCCGGCGUUGGUUUGUAGGCUAACAGAAAAAGUGUAACAAUCAUAGUCUAAACGUAAAGAUUUAUGGUUUUCCAGAAAGUCACAUUUAGCCACAUUUAACUUCAUUAAACUUCUAUAUUAUAUUCACCAAAAAAAAAA